CAUCGUGGGACUUACCGGCGCGGUCCGUGAGGUUCCUGAUCCGGCUAACCGAGCGUCGGAGGUGACGCGCUCGACCGACGUCCCAGGCAGGCCAUUCCGUUGCGACGAGUCGCUGGUUUUCUCUCCUCCAGGGAAGACAUUCACCUCGAGUUGGCAACUCCUUGCGACUCCCUGAGGAGACCCUCCUACCAGCACCUCUGGCCAUCCACGGCGAUCCACAGUGCUACGCCGGACGCCUGCACAGGAGGGUCCGUAGUCCACACGCUACAGGGGAUUCGGGUAGUGAGGGUUGGCGAGUUUAUCAUUGUAUAUUUUGGUAAAAGAAAGUAAGACUAAGGAAUUCAGAAAUGGAAUCGAGAGAGGCAGGACGUGUUAAUAAACUGCUUUGACAAAGGGAUUCAGUUUCAAUGAAUUUGGAGGAAGGAUUGAGUACUGGCGAUUUUGGAAUAAGUUGUAACCAGCGUGUUAAUAUCUUUAAGAAUUGUAUGUUACGGAACGAUUGCUGAAGACGAAAGAAGAGAAGUGGAAUUGAAAAAUAAGAAAAUGAUUUCUCCCGAUUGCGUCUUGGACAUUUCAAAUGUUUUUCAUUCGACUGCAGUUUUUGUGGAAGGAAGUUGUUUGUCUAGAUCGGAACCAACAGCGGUAUUGAGAGACGUGUCUGCGAGAGUGCAUGGUGGGGAGGUUCUUGCGGUGUUGGGUUCAAAAGGCUCGGGUAAGAGAGCUCUUCUUGAUGUCAUAGCUGGAAGAGCCGACGGGGAAACAAGGGGACGUGUUUCUUUAAAUAGCAGUCUACUAACACCAGAAUUAUUUAGACGUCAUGGAGGAUACGUAGCACACAGAUGUCACUUGCUACCAAGUUUAACGGUACGACAAACUUUGACGUAUGCUACUUGGUUGGCAAACUUAAGUAACCGAGAAGCCAGAGUACGGCAAACAUUGGCAGAUCUAGCGCUGUCACAAGUUGCAAAUCGGUCUGUCAAUGAUCUUACAAGAGCAGAGUACCGAAGACUCAUGUUAGGCGUACAACUGGCUAAAGACCCAAUGAUACUCCUGUUGGAUGAGCCCACCUGGGAUACGGAUCCCUUGAACACAUACCUAAUCGUCUCCAUGUUGUGGUCCUAUGCUACUAGGCGAGGGUCCAUUGUUGUUCUAACUAUGGAAACUCCUCGAUCCGAUGUUUUACCUUUCGUGAGUCGAGUGACAUUGCUUUGCCUAGGAGCAGUGGUUUAUUCAGGACCAACUAGAAGUAUGCUGGACUAUUUUACCUACAUUGGCUUCCCUUGUCCACAAUUAGAGAAUCCAUUAAUGUAUUAUCUAUGCCUCUCUACUGUGGAUCGACGUUCCAGAGAUCGUUUUCUGGAAUCGAAUCAACAGAUCUCUGUACUUGUUGAGAAAUUCAAAAUAGAAGGUGGACUGUACAUGAAGGAAGCUCCGCAAGGUCCAGCAAGCAUGAAAGAUGCUCCUUUAGGCCUCGUUCACAAAGGCUUAGGUAGAGGAAUUAAACCUGGUUGUUUUUCUACUCUCCUAGCUUUGUAUCUACGUGGCAUGUCUGCGACGUUUUCUUUCAAUAAAUGCGGCUUCGGACACCUUACUGCACGAUUAUUGCUUCUACCGUUUCUUAUCGCCAUAUUGAGUGUUUCAUAUUCACACUCGAGUCCAGUGCAAUCAAGGAUUUUCUUACAAACAGGUGGUUUAAUUUUCAACGUUUUGACAUUAUUCUGUGUAUCAGGGAUAGCUACUACUGCAAUACUAUUCCCAGGUUUUCGAGCAAGAUAUUAUCAAGAGAAACGAGAGGGCUUAUAUGGAGGUGCAAUGUUUUUAAGCGCAUAUACCUUAUUAAGCCUCCCACUAAGUUUUAUCUCUACCAUGAUGGCAGUAGGAAUUUUAAUACCGAUCUUAGAAUUGGAUCUGUCAUCCUGGGCCUAUGCCUGCGGAAUGCUUUGGUCUACUUACGUUGCUGCAGAACACAUCACAGUAGCCGUAAUGAUGAUCAUCGAAAGAUCCAUGAUCGCUGCCACGACUGUUCUCUACGUGACUUUACUCUCCAUUGUCAUAGCUUCAGGAGGAGUUCGGAGUCUCAGAAACUUGCCAAAUUGGCUCGCAGCUGUUUCCACUGCGUUGCCUUCCAGAUACGCCUCGUUGGCAUUAAACCAAUUAGCCAUCGAUGUUCCUACAUUUGUGAAUUUACCGUACAACGAAAGCAUACCUUGUCCAGGAAUACAAGACUUAUGCAGAUAUCCUGAUGGUAAAACCUACCUUAUUGAACGUUUUACCCGAGAAGGCGAAAAUAUCUCAGAAGUAUUGAACGUGGAUCUUAAUCUACUGAUUUCACUUGCCUUUGCUUUGGGGCUAGUAAUUCUCAACAGCGUUCUAUACUUAUUGCCAUUGCCUGCGCGUGUGAAGGCAAAGUUCAGAGAGUGAUCAUAGAGUUUAUCUUAUAUAUAAGAGCCUAAAUGUAAAUACAAAUAUUAUAAACACAUCCGUCCAGAGGUUAGUCAAAAUGUUAAAAUCGCGAGUUUGUAAAAGUAAUUUACAUUUAUUUAAAAAGUUAGAUCUUACGUGGUACAAUUGUGUCCGAUACCUGCAAUAACGUAAUAGAUUUAGAUAUUUUAUAGGAUUGUGCUCUUUUUGAUACCAGCAUUUGGCAGCAUGCCAAAUUUGUUUGCCUCGAAAUCGAAUUCCUGAUACCCUUUUUUGGAAACAACAUGUAAAUUUUAGAUGUAACCAUACAUUGUAAUACAUCGAACGAAGUGUCAGUAUACCUGAA